AUGCGCUAUGAAGUUAGAAGUGGUGACUCGACUUUCUUCUGGUUUGACAACUGGUUAGGCACUGGAAGUAUUAUUGACACAACAGGAGAUCUGGGACUGCGGUACUUGGGUAUUCCUCGACAAGCUCGUGUAGCUGAAGCGUGUCCAAAUGAGGCUUGGGGUCUGCGUGGGCGGGGGAGGAGAAUGUUUGGUGAUGUGUAUACAGCCAUUGAAAAUGUUCAGAAACCAGACGCUAGGAGGGGAAGUGAUGUUAUUUUAUGGAGGCACAAUGAGGAAGAUUUUAAGGACCAUUUCUCAGCGGCUAGAACAUGGGAUCAGAUUAGAGUUCGGGGGCCAGAAGUACCUUGGCAUCAUCUAGUGUGGUUUACCCAAGGAGUACCACGCCACGCUUUCAUUGUUUGGCUGACAUUUAAGGAUAGACACUCUACAGGAGUCCGUAUGCGACAGUAG